GGUUGAUUUAAAAGCCAUAAUCACGUGUUUACUGUUGUUGAUCAAUCAAACUUUGUGUUUAUAUUAUAUUAUUCAACUUGAAUGCCUCAUCACUUCAGCAGCAAAGUCCUGAUGUAAGUCAACAUGUCUGAGAUGAGCGAUUCCCUGUCUUCAUCAUAUGUCGUGCUAGAUUCAUGCGGUACUUCCGAUCCAUCAAUAAUAUGUCUUGAUGAAUCCUUUGAUGUGAAGCCCAGACUAUCGUCACUACCCAUCAUCAUUCCUGAUACAUCUCUGUCCGAGGAAGAUGAUGUUACAAUCAUCGAAAGAAGUAUUAAGCAGGAGAAAGAUAUAAGUGCAAUAUCCGGGCAGGGUACGGUAGACUCUACCAACGUAAAGCCAGGCAAAGAGCUCAAGUUGCCUUGUACACCGUCAGAACGCGAGUGUAAGCGUAGGAGACUCAAUACCUCAUUAUGCGAUGUGCCACUCGCUAGCACUCCUCUUGCCGGGUCUUCAGGGGCACCAGAGCAACUCCAAGAAACACCUAUCCCUGUGAAGUAUGAAAGAAUACGAGUUGAUCUUAGUGCAACAAAAAAGGAGCAAAAGAGACUCAUAGGACAUGUGCAGAAGAUCGAGGAGAAUAUGCGUCUCAUGCAGGAAGAGCUAAGUAAAAAGAGGAAAAGAGAGGAAAAAAUUGAAAACGAUCCGCUUGAUUUCAGCAUAGAUGAUGAAACGGAUGUGCUCCGACCAGUCGUCAUUGAUGCCAGUAACGUAGCAAUGAACCAUGGCAACAGCAAGGUCUUCUCCUGUAAGGGUAUCUCAAUCUGCAUCCAGUUCUUCAUGCAAAGAGGUCACACCAAAGUCCACGCCCUUCUCCCUCGGGACUGGAAGGAGUACAAGAAAGUCCCCAUCAAGGAUCCUCACCUUGUAGAUGAACUCAAGUCCCGGGAUCUCCUCAGGUUUACACCUGCCGGUCUGAGGGGUGGAAAAAGGGCCACGCCCUAUGACGACAGGAUAAUGCUACAAGCAGCCUGCAGGAAUGGAGGGGUGAUUGUGAGCAACGAUAACUACAGAGAUCUUAUAAACGAGUCUGCAGAAUUCAAGUUUGUCAUUGACAACAGGUUGAUUAAAUUCACCUUUCUUGGCAAUGAAUUUCUGGUUUCGAAAGAUACCUAUGGCCGCAAUGGACCAGAACUAAAUGAAAUUCUUCGAAGACCAGAAAAAUUCUCAGAGACAGACCCAGAGAAAUCAUCUGAGAAACCCCAAGAGGCCGUCCCAGAAGAAGCUCCAAAGACAGCCCCAAAGAAAGGCCCAUUGCAGUCUCUGAAAAACAAAGUCCUCAACACCUUCAAUAAAAUGGCACCAAGACAACAUCCAAGACCAGAGGUUGAGAAAGUCCCAGAUAGAGCCCCCUUAGAGCCAGUGUCUUACAAUGUACUCAACAGAAUGAACAAUAACAGGUCUAAUACAAUGGCAACACAUCACAGACCAGAGGUCCCCCUACACCCACUGCCCAACAAUGUGUUUAACAGAGAGAACAACAACAACAACAGCUGCAAUACAAGGGCACCAAUACAACGACUCAGAAAUGUACUCCACAACUUCUCUGCAAGGGAACCAUCGCACCAGCUCAGGCCGCAGAGGGCGCCAUUCACAACAAUGGUAAACUACAAUUACAACAGAUACUACAGGCGGACGCCGAUAGAAGAGAUGCGGUAUCGAUUUUACAAUCGAUUUUAGGGAACUAUCUCUGAAGCUUUCUUUUAUCUUCUGUCCCACUCAAACCUCUGAAGUAGCUGUGAUGGAAAAGACUCUUCUUGAAUGGACUUGCCUGGAUCAGGUGAUGACAGUGAUUGGAUAGGAAUGGACUUGCCUGGAUCAGUUGAUUACCCUUGAUGAGUAAUUGGAUUGAAAUGGACUUGCCUGGAUCAGUUGAUUACCCUUAAUGAGUAAUUGGAUUGAAAUGGACUUGCCUGGAUCAGUUGAUUACCCUUGAUGAGUGAUUGGAUUGAAAUGGACUUGCCUGGAUCAGUUGAUUACCCUUGAUGAGUAAUUGGAUUGAAAUGGACUUGCCUGGAUCAGUUGAUUACCCUUGAAGAGUGAUUGGAUAGAAAUGGACUUGCCUGGAUCAGUUGAUUACCCUUGAUGAGUGAUUGGAUAGAAAUGGACUUGCCUGGAUCAGUUGAUUACCCUUAAUGAGUAAUUGGAUUGAAAUGGACUUGCCUGGAUCAGUUGAUUACCCUUGAUGAGUAAUUGGAUUGAAAUGGACUUGCCAGGAUCAGUUGAUUACCCUUAAUGAGUAAUUGGAUUGAAAUGGACUUGCCUGGAUCAGUUGAUUACCCUUAAUGAGUAAUUGGAUUGAAAUGGACUUGACUGGAUCAGUUGAUUACCCUUAAUGAGUAAUUGGAUUGAAAUGGACUUGCCUGGAUCAGUUGAUUACCCUUGAUGAGUAAUUGGAUUGAAAUGGACUUACCUGGAUCAGUUGAUUAUCCUUGAUAAAAUGUAUUCUAGAGGAAUGGAUCUACCUUUGUCAUGAGUCACUGAUGGAUACCAGAGAUGGAACUGAUUUUACAGUAAUAGACUUAUUUCCAACUUUGGUAAAAACUCGGUACAAAUGAUGAAAUUGAUCCAAAAGUAAUCUUCAGCCUGUGACCUUGGUAGUACAAUAUCAAUACCAAAGAUUUGACUAUAUCAUAUAUGUACUCGUAACAGUGCUGGAAGAUAUUAUUUAGCAGUGGACUUGCCUGUAUGAUUGUCACAAGAGAGGAUGAACGUGCCUAUGUAUUACAUAUCCUGUAUAUAAAAAUCGAAGAUGAACAUGCCUCUAUUACAUAUAUAUUUAUAUAUAUGUAUAUAUAUAUAUUUUUUUUGACAUGGAUAUGCUUUUGAAGGCAUGGACUUGCCUAUACUGUCAUCACAAACAGAACAGGUGGGUGUUCUUAAAGUUGUUUUUAAAGUUUACUUGACUUUAGGCUUACCAGAAAUUGUUCUUAGGUGUUAAGUCAGCUUCAGAGGGAUACAUCAUUUAGCACAAGAAGGGGUGACAAUCAUAUGUUAAGUCAUUACAGCUUUAUGAAACACCCACCAGGUAAUAUAGGAAUUAUAAAAGAAAACACUUGUUGCUUUUAUGCUUGAUUGUUUUUUUGUAGGUUCAUUUCUCAUGCCAAUACUUUGAAAAGAGACAAAAAUAAUGAUAUAAUAGUGGAGAUUAAACAUUUGUUCCAUUUGUGAAUGUUAAAAGAAUGAGGUGAAGAUCACAUUCUCACCCUUUCUAUUAAUUGAAAAAGAAAUAUGUUGAUUUUUCAAAACCAUUGCACAUGUAUGGGCAUGUAACAACUCACAAGAAUUGAUGUACUUAUUGGUUGAAUUAAGGUUUGGCAUUGACCCAUUUUUGUUGGUGUUCAAGCAGUAUUUAUAUCAGCACAGAAAGCCUUGCUAACGCUCUGAUAGACUCGCAUACCAAACAUACUAGUAAACAAAAAAUCAUAAAUAUUUUUGUGUGUGUAUACUUAAGAUAUUAUGUAUGGUAGAUUGACAUUUUUUGAAGAAACAACUCAAAUCUACUCAAUGUUUUUUUUUUUUUCAUUCUUGAAAUAGGUAAAAUAACUUGAAAAUUGUAACCUGGGGUACAUAUCACUGUCCACCACUUAUCUCAAAAUAGGCUGUUGUAAUUGAUUCAUUACUAUUUUUAAACUUCAAACAUUCCUAUUUUUGUUUGACCAUUAUUUGACAGACUGUAUACCUACUUACAGACUAAAUCAUGCACUAAAUCAUUUUUCAUUUUUCUCUGUUUGAUUAGCAUUCAUUGGGAUUAUGGUUUGUAUCUUAUUGUAUAAAAUUAUGCAUCAUUGAAUUGAAAACAAAGCGGUUUUAGGGAAUUUUUAAUGCUGCAGUAAAUAGUACUAUGUCUGAUUACAUUGCCAAAAAAAUAUAAAAAGUCUGAAAGGUUUAUAGAGGUGUUGCAUGGUAAUGGUAUGUACAGUAAACCAGGGGGAAAUGCUAUUUACAUUUACAUAUGUCCCUCAUGUGUGGCUGUCAUAAGUUAAUGGAGGUAUUUAAAGUUAUAAAAACUAUUUACCUAUCUGUAAUUCUAUUGAGCAGAAUAAAUGCCAUAUCAGUUUUAUUAUCAAUCUUACUCAUCACAUUUAAAUAUACUAAAUUGCAUUUUGGUAUUCACCCUCUUUUGGCUGAUAAUCAACAAAUUGAUUUUUUCCUUCAUUUCGAUGUUUAAUGACUUACAUGUAUUUCUAUAUACCUUCGUUUCCUAAUAUAGAUCCUGAAAGUUUGUAUUUCAGGUUUCAACUUUUUUUUUAUGUUACUCUAUAUUACAUUAUGUGAUAAACCUGUCAUUGAUAUUAUGUCAUAGUAUACAUGUAUCUUCCAUAAUCUGUAUAUUAUUAAAAGCCUUUAUAUCAACUGGUGCAAAUAGUAUCAUGUAACCAAGCAUAUUCUAGUCUAGCUAUGUCAUCCUAAGUUAUGUUAUUGAUCUACUUGUUUUUCUGUGUCAGAUCUUUUGUUAUUCAGUAAAUUUACCACAAUCAAGUUUUUUACCUCGACCAUUUUGAAUUGAAUGAAUCAAAUAUCAUGGAUUAUUAUGGGACAUCGCAUCAGAAAAUCCAAAUGGUGUUUUGACUCCAAUGAUUCAAUUAAGAAAUAGCUAUACCAUGAACUAUAUUGAUAACCAGUCUGUUUCUUUGAUAGACUUCAUGCUCAUUUGCGCCAUCUUGAGGCAUAUUGUAUCAAUAGUAAUUCAAUACAAAACCAAUAAGGGUUUUUUUUUUUUUUCAAACAAGAAUGCCUAUCAUGCUUCUAAAUUAAUCACAUUCAAACAUGUCUUAGUUGAUUUGUGGAGUAAUGGUAAGUCUGUAGCAGUAUAAUUACCAAAUUGAAUGAAUCGUAAAUCUAUUUGGUUUGAGGUGCGGCUUCAUUAUUAUUCUUUUUUCCUUUCCUUGAUCAUUUUAGUGAUAUAUCUAAGCAUGAGCCGACACAGGUACCACGUAUAACAGUGAACCUACUGAAGUAAUUAGAGGAGCACCUGUCUGCAAAGACCAUUGAGUUUUGUAACUCUUGUAUUUCUCCCAUUAAAACAUGUACUACAGAAACCUGUCUAUAAAAAUCUCUGGUUCAUGAAAACUACUGUUCGUAAAAAGCACCUGAGUGGUCCAAAAUAAUUCAAUUGCUUGCCUUCCCCCCCCAAAAAAAAAUGGGGUCUUCCCACCAAGGUGGACAAGGUAGAGGAUUACAAUUUUCUAUAUCAGCAUUAUUUUCUGUUUGAUAGAUUGCUUUAUAUAAACCUUGCUUUCGGUUUCAACACUUGUUCUUUGAAGGAGCAUAGUUGACUUAAACAUGUAGUUUGAAAUGACUAGUGUUUUCUACAAUGUAUAUUUCAAUUGACUUUGAAGAUCAGGCUAAGCAGAAAAUCUUUUGAUGGAGGUACAUGUAAACGUAUGAUACACUCGGCCUUGUGGACCCUUCCCCAAUAGCUUUAUAUGGGAUUUGUGUGUGAUAAUAGCAGGCUAUCUAUUGCUUUGCUAAGUGAAAAGUAUUGUAAAUAUGUAAAUGCGUUGUGCUUUCAAGCUUCAUAUUGUCUAUGUUCAGCUGUCACCAGACAUAGUUUAUGAUUAUCUUGAAAUAUUACCAUUCUUAUUGGAAUGAAAACUA